AGCCACAUCCCAAGCCCUAUUUUGUAUUUUAUUUAGAAACAGGGUUUCAUUGAGUUGCUAAGAGCCUUGUCAUUACUGAGGCUGGCUUUGAAUUUGCAAUCCUUCUGCCUUAGCCUCCUGAGCCACUGGGAUUACAGGCAUGUGCCACCACACCAAGCUAAUCAAUAUUUAUUGAAUAAUUAAUAUUUCAUCUUAAGUAUUGAACAGCAGAGCCUACAGGCUGUUUGAGCUAUUGUUUGGAUAAGAAGUAGGUUUUAGAAAGUAGAUUCAGCUGGGCAUGGAGGUGUAGGCCUAUGAUCCCAGCAAUUUAGCCAAGCCCUAAGCAAAAUAGUGAGAUGCUGUCUUAAAAAUAAAAAAAAGGCUAGGGACAUAUCUCAAUGAUAAAGUGCUUCUGGGUUCAAUUCCUAGUACCAAAAAAGAAGCAGAAGAAAGAAAGGAGAGUCAGCCUUAUCAUCAUCAUGAUAGUAACAAUAAUAAUGGUUAGCAUUUAUUGAACAUUUUUAAUGCACCUUACAACAUUCUAAAUGCUUUUAGAUUUAUUCCCCCAUUCAAGUUUUCAGGAUCCCAAUGUUGAAACUUAGUUAUUGAUACAAUAACAAAAUCUUCCAUUUCUUUUUCAUAGGAUUUUAUCGUAUUAGUCACACUAGCAUAUUUGAGUUGGACUUUACUUACAUAUAAAAUACGAACCUCAGAUUUUCUUGAGAAUCAAGACACAAAUGAACCAAGAGUAAUAGAUGAAAAGCUUCAUACUCAACACAUCUAGGUUUGGUCCAUGGUUUUGGCACUAUCUCCUGUCUGUGUUCCCUUGGACCACAUACAGCCACAUGGAGAGCAUUAAGCCCUGAGAUAAAUAUAAACCCAUUUCUAUGUUGUAUGUCUUUCUGUUUAGACUGAAAUUUUCUGAGCUUAAUAAUGGAAGUUCCUACAACAUAGUGAAGUAUUCCCAAGUAUGGGCCUCCUCAGUUGGACCUAUUCAGCUCUCCUCUUUAGAUAUCAUUUGAUAAUGUCUGUUCAUAUUUACUGAUUUUCUCCUUCCCACCCUUUUGCUUUGCAGAAAAGAUGUCCUGACUGAUCUCACCACCUUUCAUAUGCAUCAAAUCUCCUUUCUCCAGAAACACUUAUCUAAGCUUUCUUAACACCACUGUCAAAUAGAGAUAGAAGUAGGAACAUAGCGUGAAGCUGGGACUUUGGACAUUCUCCAUUUAAAAAAAAAAAGUCAUGUGUAGCUAUGCAUAGAGCAUCUCGUUAAGUCUGGAAAAAAAUGAAAUUCUACCAAAAAUGUGUAAUUCCACUGAUCAAAUUUUCUUUGUUACAUAUUAGAGAGGACAGAUAUUUGAUCUUCAACAACUAUAACAAGGAAUGCAGAGAAUGAGGACACAGGAGCUUCCCUUUUUUAUAGUAUACCAGGGUAAAAAUAACAUGGAAAAUUCUUCCUCUCUAGAGUUUAAAUGCCCAGUGAAAUCUUGGGCAGGAGAAUGAUGUGGGGAAACUGGACAACGGUCAGUGAGUUUGUUCUUGUGAGCUUCUCAACCCUUUCCUCUGAGCUUCAGGCUCUACUGUUUCUCCUGUUUUUGGCCAUUUACUUGAUUACUCUAAUGGGCAAUGUCCUCAUAAUCCUGGUCACUACAGCUGACUCUGCCCUGCAAAGUCCUAUGUACUUCUUCCUCAGAAACUUAUCCUUCCUGGAGAUAGGUUUCAACUUGGUCAUUGUGCCCAAGAUGCUGGGAACCCUUAUCAUCCAAGACACAACCAUCUCCUUCCUUGGCUGUGCUACUCAGAUGUAUUUCUUCUUCUUCUUUGGGGCUGCUGAGUGCUGUCUCCUGGCCACAAUGGCAUAUGACCGUUAUGUGGCCAUCUGUGACCCCUUGCGCUACCCAGUCAUCAUGAGCCGUAGGUCCUGUGCCCAGCUGGCAGCUGCCUCUUGGUUCUCAGGGUUUCCAGUGGCCACUGUCCAAACCACAUGGAUUUUCAGUUUCCCCUUUUGUGGUCCCAACAGAGUAAACCACUUCUUCUGUGAUAGCCCUCCUGUCAUUGCCCUGGUCUGUGCUGAUACCUCUCUGUUUGAACUGGAGGCCCUGACAGCCACUGUCCUGUUCAUCCUCUUCCCUUUCUUGCUGAUCCUGGGGUCCUAUGUUCGCAUCCUCUCCACCAUCUUUAGGAUGCCCUCAGCUGAGGGAAAACGCAAGGCCUUCUCCACCUGCUCCUCCCACCUCCUGGUUGUCUCCCUCUUCUACAGCACUGCAAUCCUCACGUACUUCCGACCCCGAUCUAACACCUCUCCUGAGAACAAGAAGCUGCUCUCACUCUCCUACACAGUGGUGACUCCCAUGCUGAACCCCAUCAUCUACAGCUUAAGGAAUAAUGAAGUGAAGUCUGCACUGAGGCGGGUUGUCCGCAGGACCCUGGGCCCUCAGAAACUGUGACUGACAGAUGGAAACUGUGACUAACAGAUGGAAACUGAAGGGGUAGCAUGUAGAGACAAAGGAAAGAGAACUGAAUUCCUCAAGAGGGUUUUGGUCUCUAUUCUUCCCAGGAGACACAGUGUGUGUGCCCACUGGGAUUUGGGACUUUUGACCAGGAUCCUCUUUUGAAAGAAAGGACAUGAGCAAUGAAAUCAGUACAGCAGGCUCAGUAUGCUGUGAGACUACGGUAGAGCGGACUCUUCAUAAAUGAGGAUCCUCUGAAGGUUGAAUUUCUAUUACAAUACACCAUUUUUUAUGUUUUAACAUUGAGCUUCUUCAUCCAUUUCAUUUUAUGACUUGUACUUGACUUUUCUUCUAUUUGCCCAAAACCCCUAUCUACAU